AUGGCGGACGUCAGAGUACCACCCACGGGCGUCUUCGUCCCAGUCCCAACCUUCUUCCACUCGGCUUCCGACUCAGCCGGUGCCCUCCAGCCCAAGGUCGACAUUGACACACAAGUCAAGCACAGCGUUUACCUCGCAAAGAAUGGCAUCCGCGGCCUGGUCCUCCUCGGCUCGACCGGUGAGGCCAUCCACCUGAACAAGGCCGAGCGUCACGACCUCGUCGCCGGCGUCAAGAAGGGCCUCGAGGAGGCUGGUUUCCCUGACUACCCCAUCAUGGCCGGCGUCUUGACCAAUGGCAUUGACGAGACUCUCGAGUGGCUCGAGGACUACGCAAAGGCUGGCGCCCAAUGGGGUCUGGUGCUCGUUCCCGGAUACUUUGGAACGGCGGCGAACCAGGAGAACAUCAAGGAGUGGUACACUGUCGUCGCUGACAAGAGCCCUCUGCCCAUUCUUGUAUACAACUACCCCGGCGUCACAAACAACGUCCUCGUCGAGCCCGACACGUACAAAGACCUCGCCCAGCACCCCAAGAUCGUCGGUUGCAAGAUGUCCCACGGAAACGUCUCCCUCCAUCUCCAAGUCUCCUCCGACCCGCGCAUCGACCACGCCAAAUUCCGCGUCUACAGCGGCUUCGGCCAACAGCUCGCGCCCAUUGUCCUCUUCGGCGCCGCGGGCGUCAUCGACGGCCUCGCCGCCUUCUACCCCAAGACGGUCUCGCGCCUCUUCAGCCUGGCGGAAAAGCGCCCCGUCGAGCAGAGCACCCUCGAGGAGGUGCAGCGCCUUCAGUACGCCGUCAGCCGCGCCGAGGACUUCAUCGGCAAGACUGGCAUCAUUGGUAUCCGCGAGGGUAUCAUUCGCAAGGCCGGCUUCGGCGCGCUCGAAGGCGGGCGGUUGCCGCUCAAGGGACGCUUGGAUGAGGGGACUUUCAAGGCGUUGGAUUCGCUCUUGUUUGCGGAUAUUCAAAAGAUUGAGGACUCCUUGUAA